GUUGUGUCUGUAAUUGCAUAUAUAACUGAAAUUAAAUAUCCAUGCUUUUACUAAUAUGAUUUCUUUUCGCCAGGUGCUAUAGGGAAGGGACAGGAGCAAACACCUAGAUCUUUGUGCUCCUCUUUAGAUGUUUCUGAAAAUGAGGUGGAAUCUCUCCACAAGAGUGCUAUUGAUGCUAAUCAAAGUAUGCAAACUCCUAAAACCACAAGUUCAAAUUCUGCCAUGUCUUCUAGUCAAGGAAUGCAAACAAUGGAUAAAAAAACCCUUGAUUCUUGAGAAAGAGCAUAUGCAAACCAAUAUUUCAUUGCCACCAUCUACUGAUCAAGUUAUGCAACACUCCCAAUCAGUUGAAACAUGUUCAUCUAAUCCUAGAAAGGUAAAAAGAGUUCGGGGUAGGAACAAGUGUAAAGAAGUUGCAUCACUUGAAGUUGGACAAAAGCUGAAAGUAACUUUUUACAAUAAUCGAACUGUUGGAACAAAUAGCAACCUGUUUUCGAGGCACUUGGGAAGAAUAAUUCGUGAUCGUAAUAUGUGUCCGUUGGGAGUUCCAUCGUGGAAUGAUAUUAAGCAAGAAAAAUUGAAUCACAUGUGGGCAGCUGUUGAGGUAACAAAUGUAGUACAAAGUAUGAUUGUGCUUCUGGACCUGUUCUUGUACAUUUCGGCUAAAUCCAUUUUGUGA